CAGGCACAUAUCCCCUCGGUCCAAAUCACUGAAUAUAAAGCAAUAUUUUCGCUUCCCCGUAAAAACAACUAGCUUUGCAUAUUUAUUUAUUCAUUAAAUAAAUCGAGUAUAAUAAUAAUGCUUAAAUAUUGUAGUACAAAAAGACUCAUUUUUUUUUUAGUUUUCAAUUCACAUAUCACACUGUGUCCCCAUCUGUAUAGCUGAGAGCCUGAGUCCUUUUGGCUUUAUGCUACGAACCUUGUGCAGUUUUUAUCUAUUUGGGUAGGUAAAAAUAUAACCUAUUGGAAUGUGUGAAUUCUAGCUUAAGAUAGGGGUGGGAGUUUCAUGCUUAUCUUUGGCGUGAAGAAUCUCAAUAACUGCUCUGUAGCCAGAGAUUUGCAGACCAAGGCAAACAGAAUUGUGUUAGGAUCAAUUACACAGAAUUCACAUACUUAACAAAAUUCCCAGAUCUCAAGGCUUUCAGAAUAUCAGGUCUUUUUUUCCUGCUCCUACAAUCAAAAACUCAUUUCUUGGUCCCCCCAUCCACACCGAAAUUGUGUCAAUUUAGUGCUACUAUGCAAGCCUCUGUUUUUUGGUUCAAGACAGCAACUUUUUCAUCUGGGCCCCUUCUUUUCCUUCUGCAAGUGGGUUUGGAGCUGAAGGGAUAAAUUUGAUGUAGUUUUGUGGGACAAGUGGAAAAAAAGCAUUAUUCUUGGUGAAAUUGUGGAUUUGCUUUAUGGGAUUCUGAUUCUUGGUUUUACUUUUUCUGGGUUUAGCUGUUGGGUGUUGAAAAUGGUUUAUGUCCUGUGGGGAGGCUGUGAAUUUUUUUGAAUAAUGGCUUGUGCUGUGAACGGAAUUAAAUUUUUUCUGAUAAGGUGAAAAUUGGUGGAGCGAGUCUAAUUACCUAAGUAUGGAAAGACGAAAGUGUGUGCUCUGGAGGAUAGUACUGCUGGUUUUGGCAAUAUUGAUAGAGGGUUCUCACUCAACUCUCUCUCCUUCUGGUGUGAAUUAUGAAGUCGUGGCUUUAAUCGCGAUAAAGAAUGCUUUACAUGAUCCUUAUAAUGUCCUAGAGAACUGGGAUGCCAAUUCUGUGGAUCCUUGUGGUUGGAGAAUGAUCACUUGUUCAUUAGAUGGUUAUGUUUCUGCUCUAGGGCUGCCUAGCCAGAGCUUGUCUGGAACCUUAUCACCUGGAAUAGUAAAUCUCACCAACUUGGAAUCUGUGUUGCUGCAAAACAAUGAAAUUAGUGGUCCUAUUCCAGCUGUCAUUGGCAAGCUUCAAAAGCUAAAGACACUCGAUCUCUCUAACAACAUGCAUACUGGUGAACUGCCAAGUUCUUUGGGGGAUCUCACUAACUUGAAUUAUUUGCGGCUCAACAACAACAGCCUUAGUGGAUCCAUUCCUGACUCUCUUUCCAAUAUUCAAAGUCUCACCCUUGUGGAUCUUUCGUUCAAUAACUUCAGUGGUCCGUUGCCAAGACUUUCUGCUAGAACUUUCAAAAUAGUUGGUAAUCCUCUAAUUUGCGGGCACACGUCUCAAAACAAUUGUUCCAUUGUCUAUCCAGAGCCGUUGUCCUUCCCGCCGGACGCCGUUAAAGAUAAAUCUGACUCCGGGGCAAAACAUCACCUUGCUAUUGUCUUUGGGGCAAGCUUUGGUGGUGUCUUUUCAUUUGUGCUCGUUGUUGGUUUGCUCUUCUGGUGGCGGUACAAGCGCAAUCAACAGAUUUUUUUCGAUGUUAAUGAGCAAUAUGAUCCUGAGGUACGCUUAGGCCACUUAAGAAGGUACAGCUUUAAGGAACUCCGAGUUGCAACCGAUCAUUUCAACUCGAAGAACAUAUUAGGGAAGGGAGGAUUUGGGGUCGUGUACAAAGGCCGGUUGAACAACGGGACUUUAGUGGCCGUUAAACGCUUAAAAGACUACAAUGCCGCAGGUGGCGAAAUCCAGUUCCAGACCGAAGUCGAGCUCAUCAGCUUAGCUGUCCACAGGAAUCUACUCAAGCUCUGGGUGGGCACUGCCCGUGGGCUCGUUUACCUUCACGAGCAGUGUGACCCGAAAAUCAUUCACCGGGACGUAAAGGCAGCAAAUAUUUUAUUGGAUGAGGAUUUUGAGGCAGUAGUUGGGGACUUUGGGCUGGCGAAGCUGCUCGACCACCAUGAAUCCCACGUCACCACCGCAGUGAGAGGUACCGUGGGCCACAUUGCGCCUGAGUACCUCUCCACUGGCCAGUCCUCUGAAAAAACCGAUGUGUUUGGGUUUGGGAUUUUGUUGCUCGAGCUCAUCACCGGCCAAAAGGCAGUCGACUUUGGCCGUGGGAGCACCCACAAAGGGGUCAUGCUCGACUGGGUGAAGAAGCUCCAUCAAGAAGGGAAGCUAAACUUGAUGGUGGACAAGGACCUAAGGUGCGACUAUGAUAGGAUCGAAUUAGAGGAAAUGGUCCAAGUGGCACUCCUUUGCACUCAGUUCAACCCUUCUCAUCGGCCUAAAAUGUCGCAAGUUUUAAGAAUGCUCGAGGGCGACGGCUUGUGUGAAAAAUGGGAGCAGAUGCAAAAUGUUGAUCCUCAGAGAUGCCGUUCGACUGAAGAUCCUUCUCAAAGAUAUGUCGAUUACAUAGAGGACUCGUCCCUUGUUGUUGAGGAUAUGGAACUCUCGGGUCCGAGGUAGCAUUUGUUUUUUAUUUUUUUUGUUUUUCUUUUUCUCCUUUCGGCACUGUUAGGUUGUCUAUGUUUAUUAUGUCGAGAUUGGGGGAAAAGAAAAAUGAAAAAAGGAUGGCUUGCUUUUGGCAUACAAAUACAUUGUCGAUAGUUCAUUGUGUCUGGAUGUAUUUCACUUGUAAAAAAAGAAAGGAAAGCCUUUUGUCCAAGAUAAGGUAUUUAUCCAUGCUAGUUAUAUGCUUGUAAUAUUUAUGGAAGCACUCGGGGAAAUACAGUAAAGCUCAAAUUCAGUUAAAUUAGGCCUGUUUUUUCUAGCUCGUGUGUUACAUUUUGCAGUCAACAGUUUACAAUGCAGCGGUAAUG